AUAUUUAUUAUUUUUUUCUUUAUAACACAGGCAGGUAAAACACUGCUGAUGCCCACACCACGCCUCCGCAGUGGACUUUUUAACCGCAUUGAUGGCAAUCCAUCAGAAAGCAAGGAGACCUUAAGAACCAUGGCAAGCACAGAGGGAAUGAAGAAGUACUCAAAACCUGUGGAUCUUGAGGCAAACAUUAAGGUUGAUCUCAUUGUAAUUGGUUCUGUGGCAGUCUCGCGCACAGGUCGAAGAAUUGGUAAAGGUGAAGGAUUUGCUGACCUUGAAUAUGGCAUGAUGAAAGCCAUGAACGCAGUUGAUGACAACACUCUUGUUGUUACCACAGUGCAUGACUGCCAGCUGUUUGAUACCCUGCCCGACCGGCUCUUCGGCCCACAUGAUGUGCCAGUGGACUUCAUUGUAACCCCAACUGAAGUGUUCCAGGUUUCACAUCGUUUGCCUAAACCAGAGGGAAUUUACUGGCACCUUUUGUCUCCAGAGAAGUUAAAACAGGUUCCAAUCUUGAAAACGCUUCGGGAAAAGGAGCGAGAGGCUGGAAAAGAUGUGACUCUCGCAGAACUAACAGAUGAACAAAAGGCAGCCAAUAGUCGUGGUCGUGGUGGGGGCCAAGGAACCAGAGGCAGAGGCAGAGGCCGAGGAGGUGGCCGAGGAGGUGGCCGAGGAGGAGGCAGGACUUUGUCAGAGGGAGAAGACAAUAAAGGCCAGAAGAACAUUCAAGUUACAAUCAAUGUCAGCAAGAAGAACCGAAUAGUGAAGAGAACAGUGGAAGCGACGAAUGAGCAGGACCGCCUUGGUUCAGCUGACCUGGACAAUGAGAACCAAGGGGGGAAGGGUCUCAAGACUAGAAAGCCUCGGAAUCCAUUCACAUAUGCAGUGUUCCUUGGUAAAGUUCCUCCAGCUUGUAGAGUGCGUGAGCUCAAAGAAGCCCUGCAAGGUCGAGAUGUGAGGCCCAUUGACAUCACUUGGCGUGGGAGGAAUGGAUUUGCCUUCCUGCGAUUCACGGGCCCUGUAGAAGAAUGUGAUGACGUCCUCACAAAGCUGGAGGGCCUCACACUACAAGAGCAACCUUUGCUGAUCCAGCGUGCCAAGGAUAAGAUGGUGAUGAAGGACAACGAAAAUACAGGAACGAAGGAAAUCAUCGAGGGGGAAGGUCAGAACCGUAAGCGUCAACAGCCUAAGAAGCCACGUAUUGUCUACACCUAUGGCAUUUUCCUUGGCAAGGUUCCAUCAACCUGCAGAGUGCGUGAACUCAAGGAUGCUCUCCAGAACCGAAAUGUUCAGCCAAUGGACAUCACAUGGCGAGGCAGAAGUGGAUUUGCCUUCCUGCGUUUCACUGGCCCUGUUGAAGAGUGUGAUGACAUCCUCACAAAACUGGAGGGCCUCACUCUCCAAGAGCAGCCUGUUCUGGUGGAGAAGGCAAAAGACAAGGGUGAUGAGCAGCACCUGUCUGAGCCUCAGCAGCAGCAGCAGGAGCUGGAGCAAAAGCAGGAGGUACCAGUCGUAGAGGGGGAGGCUAGGUGAAGCCCCAGUAUUUCUUAAAGAAUGGGGUAGGGCAUUAAUGUUCUUAUUUUUCUCUUGCUUAUUUGUUUUGAAAUAUCCUGUUCUCUUUUGAUUUGGAUUUUUUUUCUCUCUUUCCUAAUUAAUGCUUUUCUACAUCUUGGACUAGAUAGUCUAUUGCAUUUCAUGAAGAAUAAUAUAUGCCAUAGUAUCACAUACUAUAAGGACCAUUAUCAUGGAGUUUUAUGUUUAUUUACUUCUAUGCUGAGUAUCAGCUGGCACGACACCAGUGAGUAAGAGAAAUAUUAAUUAGUCAGCAAGAGUAACAUGUGGUAUGUAGCUCAUCCUUAGUCACUAUAGUCUUAACUAUAAAAAGAAAAUAAAAGUUUUUUAUUUUGUCUUUUUGAUAAAAGUGAUUUCUAUUUAUAGAAAGUAGUACAUAUUUAUGAUUUUUAUUAUUUUUUAGGCUAAUUAUCUAUGCCAAGAAUUAGUUUAGUGAUUUUUGUAAAUCUUCAUAGACAGGUAACUUAUCAGGAAACACUGGCAGUUCAGAGCUUAACAUUUCAGCAAAUUUUGUUGCUUUUCUUCAACAGAGGUUGGAGAUGUAAGUGUCAUGAAGAAAUUUAUCACUUAUUUGAUGUUUAUUUUUGUAUGUGAUCACCUGACCAUAUACUCAUACGUUACCUGUCAUAACUUUAAGGGCAAUGAAAUUAUCCAGAUAAGAGAUGCAGAUUUAUGAUUAUGUGGAUUUACUAAAAACUUGAUCAGUGUUAGAAAUGGAAAGAUUGCAGUUCAUGUAUUUCACACAUAAGAUAUGAAUCAAUUCCUUUAAGGAAUUUGUCAGAACUAGUCAUGUUUGUGCAUUUUAUGGUUCGAGGUUGCACCAGUUUCAUGUAUUCGGUGAUUUGAUUGGAAGCACUUAAGAAUGAAUAUGUAAGAGCAGGGUUUUGAUCUAUUUCGAUGUUGCAUAUGCUCUCUUCUGAAGUUAAAUAGCCAGUAAAUGUGUUUCUUUGCAAGGUCUUUCCAUUAUAUAACUGAUGUCAUUAAUGCAUCUUGACACUUCUAAGGAAUGGUAAAAGAAAGUUAAUUUUUUAAAUAGUUUUGAAAGUGACGAACAAUAUGGCUGGAUAAUCUUUGGUCGUGUUAGGUGGUCACACUGUAUCAAGGAUUUUGUUAGCUUAAAUGUAAAAAUUUUAUAUCAAGCAUUGUUGUUAAUUGAUUAGAGGUGAUACAAUAGAGUGCCUGAGUAAUCUACUCUUGUAACAGUGGUAUGCAAAUACCAUUUUGUCUACAGAUGAUUGUAGCUUUUAUAACAUAAGGAAUUUGAAGUUUCAUUUAUUUUACAUCAACCAAUGUUGUGAAGAAAAAUAAAAUUAUUGUAAUAUAAUUUUUGUUGAUAAAAGUAGCCUAGCAUCACUUUGAAAGAUGUUACAAACAUCUUAUAGUUUCUGUUGGUAAUUAUUUUUAUCUUUGUUAUUUUUGUUGUUGCCACUUUGUAAACCAGGUGUGAAGAACAGCUCUGUUAGAACCAGGUUGUUAGUGUUUAUUAAGAUGGUUUUUCCUUUCAUCUUCCACUAGCAAGGGACAGUGCCUAACUACUCCUCUUAUUUCUCUUAAUGGUUACUUGCUGUGUGUUAGAAUAUUUUUGUUAUGACUUUGUACUUCGGUUUGAAUAGCAAUUCAUUAUCAAGAUCUUAAAUCCUGUUUGUUCAUCAGAACCCUAGACUUCUAAUUAGGACCUGAUGCCAAUAAUUAGCUGACCUGCAUAGCUUAUUUGGUCAGUAGCUCCAUAGUAUAAGCAAGAGUCUAAUGUUCUGAUAUACAAACAUGCAUCUGUGAGUAUGUUCCUAAAGGUCAAAGACAGUCACAGGGAAAAUACUUUGGUUUCACAGCUUCAGGAGAUUCAUUCAUGAAGGCCUUCAUAUUUAGUGUUCAGUGUUGGAUGUGGAUACACAUUUUAUUUUUGUUAUUUUUUUUCUACUUUCUUUUUAUUUUUUUAUUUAUUUUUUACUUUUCCCAUGCCGCUACGGAAUAAACCCAAGAAUAAUGUUUGAUUUACUCUAGUCUAAGGGAAGGAUACUGGAGGCAUUGGUUGUUCCAAUAGGGGAGAGUUCAGAAAUUUUGUCAUUAAGUUAAUUGCUGUUUAAAACUUUUCUCCUUUUUUUCCCCUUUUUGUUUCUUUGGGAUUGGUGUCUUUAGUAAUAUUUGAGGUGCUGCUUUGAUGAUGAAAAAAAAAAAAAUUGCUUAUGCUUUUUGUUAUCUUGGCAUAUUACUGUUGGGAUGAAUGUGCUUUCCAUAUAUUUGAUGAUCAUGUCUGUUUAGCAUUGGUUAUAGGCGAGUUUUGCAUGUGACUUCUAUUAUUUAAAUGUCUUCUAUAUUUCAAUUUUAUAUAUAUAUAUAUAUAAUUUUUUUUCUUUUUUUUUUUAAGAAUAUUGCUGUUUUCACCAUUUUAUUAUUUUUAUUAUUAUUAUUUUUUUUUCCCCCAGAAAGAUUUACUUUUUAUGUGAAAACUAUGGUCAUAUGAAAUCAAAUGAAUAAAUCUGGCAAGGAUGAUAAAGUAGAGGUAAUGAGGGGUAUACUUAAAUAUGUACUGAUUAACCUGCAGCAGUUGGGGAUGGAAGAUGUGAUAGUUUCUUGCUGUUAAGGGGAAAAUUACUUGGCAAAGGGCUGCAGAGGGUUUGUGAUAUUAGGAAUGAAGGUAAUCAGUCAUAGGAAAGAGUGAGUGAGUGAGUGAGUGAGUGAGUGAGUGAGUGAGUGAGUGAGUGAGUGAGUGAGUGAGUGAGUGACCGAAUGAGGGAGCGAGUGUAGGAGUGAGCGAGGGAGUUAGCAAGUGUCUGAGUGUGUUUGCUUUAUUUAUUUAUUAUUAUUUUUUUUUAUAUGUCCCUGUGCAAGUUUCAAGUUUGUGUGCAUGUGUUUUGUAUUGGAGUUUGUGUGUUUAGGAGUGUACAUGUAUGUGUGUAACAGGCAAUAUGAGUGCAUGAAAGAGUGAAGUAUGUAGGUAUGUAUUUGCAUAAGUGCAAGUGCAUAUGCCUAUAUUCAAGUGUGUUAAUGGAAUGUGUUUAAACAAGUCAGAGAUUCCAUGCGUAUGUGAAUGAGUUCAUGUGAGUGCAUAUAUAUUUUUGUACUGCAUUUAUGUUAUAAUAUGGUAGUAUCUGAAUAUGCAGUACCGAAUUCUCCUAAAGCUUUGCAUGCUUGUUUUGAAUUCUAAUUGAAUUCUGGAAUGGUAUCAUAAAAUUAUUAUUAUUUUUUUUUUUCUUUGUUUCUUUCUCCCUUUCUUUCCAAUGAAUAAUUUUCAAAGAUAAUUGAUAUUGUUUUCCCUCUCAGCUCUUUUUAGUGUUUUGAAUUAAUACAGAUUCUUAGGUAUGACCCAGCUGGUCUUAACCCAAUGGCGAUGGGUAAUUUCUCAAUACACAAGCCCUCUUUCCUGAGUUGUGACCCGGGCCCUGCUGCUGGGAGGCUCACGUCCUCUCUCUAACAUGCGUGGCACGUGACCAUACAUGCCCCCGGAAAACGGGAUUGACGCACUCUGGCAUUUAUGCACAUGCCACCCGGAAUAUAGUCCAGGCAUGCCAUGACAUGUACGUACAUGCCACCUGGCGGCAUGGGUAUUCUUCAAUGGUGUGGAUUGCACAUUCAGACAAAAAAAAAAAAAAAAAAAUCCUUUUUCUGUAUCUUAGAGGGGUUAGUAAGACAAAUUUAUUAUUUAUACACUUGCUAUUUAUGGAAGAGGCCAGGAUGUAUGGGUAAUAGUAAUAAUAAUAAUUAAAAGAUAAUAUAUAUUAUGAUUUAAAAAAUGGUACAUUAUGGCAUGUAAAAUACACAGUUAACUUGUUUCAUACGUAUAUAUUUUUUCCCUCCAUUGCACGUUAAAUGGUUAAGAAGGAAUACAUCCCUGCAGGUAAAAUUUGAGUCUUUACUUCAUUAACUUUGUAUAAUUGUUUGAAUGAAUGGACUGUUUACUGUUCCUAAAUUAAAAUUUAGCUUGUAUACAUUUGCUGUACAUGUCAUGAAAGGGCCUUUACAUUUCAUUUUGAGUUAACCAGGAAGGAACAUGGUUUUAUACUUUCAUGGAAUAUACUCCUUUUGUUUUUGUCAUCACUGGACCAUUCUUUACAUUUUCUGUAAUGUACAAGAAAGUAUUGUGUUCUCUUUUCAUAGUGCAGUAAUUAUGCAUGAAGUAUUAGGUGGAAGUGAACAAUAUGACAACAGAUCCUUCCUAUGGUGUGAUACUUCUGUAGCGAGCAGCUGGUUUACAAUACGUUACAUAGCUUGCAUAAUACAGUUUUUGUGAGCUCUAUUUUACUAUGUGAAAUCAGUAUUGUACUUAAAAUUCAGCUUUGUAAUAUAUAGGACCCUUAAACAAUGGGUUUGAGUAUUUUUCUUGCUCAUUUUCCUGGAAGAAACAGUGUAUAAAGAACAUUUUGUUCAUAGUGUGGCUGUUUGAAGUGUAUGGAAGAAAUGGGCUUCAUGAAAGCCUGCUGUUUUCUCGAGGAAGGCAAAAACAAUAAUAUUAGUGUACUCAUUUGCAAACACUUUCAGGAAUGUGAUGUUAAAAGCAUUCAUUAUAAUAUUACACAUAAAAAAACACAUUUUACAUUAAUAUUCUGCUGUAAGGUAUUCCUAAUAUGAGGAGUUUUAAGAUUAAGCAUUAGUGUUCAAAAGACUUGUGUUAGAAGCAUUUGCUGAAGGUCCUUGAUAUUUUAAUUUUACUCUAUAAAAAGCAAAAAGUUUAGAAGCAAAAGCAAUAGGUGUAACACUAAAUUCCAAGUACCCAAGAUCAUACUACAUUGAAAUCAAAGACCUGCUUUUCAGAUACAAAUAGAUUCAUCCACAAUUUGUGCUGAUGCCAUCCACUGUCUGUGAUGGCUGAACCUUUGAAUUGACAGGAUAUAAGGCUUGGUUCUCUGAUAUAUAUAUAUAUAAGUGUAAUGUUUGUUGUAAUGUUUUAUUUUGAAUAUAUUGUUCAUUUUAAAUCAAAAAAGGAAACAAAAUAUGAGGACCAUUUUUGAAUUAUCAGAAAGUGACUGAUCAGCUUAUGUUGGUGGCAUGUCUUGCUCAAGGCAUUUGUAAUUUAUACAUUAUAUUAUUAUACAUUAUGAAUAUAUAUAUGUUGUGUGUGUGUGUGUGUGUGUGUAUGUGUGUAUAGAGGAGGGUGCAGUUGCAGAGUGGGUAUGGGUGAGUGUGUGGUGUGUGUGCGGGUGUUUGUUUUUGCAUGCAUGUGUGCAUAUUUAUAUAUGUAUGUGUUUGUAUUUAUAUAUAAUUUAAUUAUGUUAUAUAAAUUCACAUUUAUAGUAUAUACAUAUACUGUAUAUAUAAAUGCCUAAUUAUACAUUAUAUAUUUGUGCACACAUUUGCACUCACACUCUCACUCACACACAUUCACUCGCACACACAUUCACU